CAAACGUCAGAAAUCUGUGGCUUGGUAUGAGGAGAUUGUAGAAAUCUAUACAAUUUCCAAAAUCUAAUGAAAUCAGUUUAUUUAAAUCAAUUAGAUUAAUUUAAAGUAUAGUUAUUUAUCCAAAUUUUAUUCGUUAAUAAUUAAGUGAAUUGAUUGAGUGAUAUAUAACGUCAUUCCAAUGUGCGUUGUUUGUCUGUCAUGUAUACUAAUAUCGGAAUUUCCUAAAUAGAACAGACAUUUCAUGUCGGGACCCCGUAUAAAAAUAACAUUGGAUUGUCGCGGGGUACCAGACUCGUCUGCGCCAUGAUUCUCAAAAUGUUCCAGCAGUUUACUCUGAAGAUAUUGUUGCUUUUCAUAGGUGUUAUAACUAUAGCAACAGCUGCACCUCCAUCUGAUGAAAAUUUACCACCUAGACCUAAGGAAGGAGGUGUUUUGACAAGAUAUUGUGACUUUUAUAAUGGCACCAAUCAAUGUGAUUCCAAUGACCCAGACUGUCACUCUAUCUCUAAGCGUGAAGAAUGCCAACCAACAGAGACUGACAAGAGCACCCACUGCUAUGUUUUAUGGCAUUACAACAAUGAGACAAAUACAGCAAAUCUCAAGUUCAAAGGAUGCUUCCUAGAUACUGUUUCAUGCAUGGACAGGAGUCAUCAAUGUAGGUUGCAUAAAAUGAAAUUGUUAUUAAUCCACUGCUGCUGUGAAGGAGAUAUGUGCAACGAGCAUGCAACUUUCCCUGGAUUAGAUGUUAUACUCUCCCAGACAGAUGCUCCUCCAGAACAAAUACCAGCCUCGGUUGUUCCAAUUGCUGAUGAUACAAAAGCAGUCAUAGCGUAUACGUUGACACCACUAUUCCUGCUGUUUGUUAUUUUGAUUGCUUGUUACUUUCUAUAUCGGAGACGUAAAGGUAGUUCGUUUGCGGAAUUGGGUAACGGUGAAGCUUCUUUAUCCCGACCACCAUCAGCCAAUGGUGGGAUGGAGAAUGAGAGCAGUGGAUUGGUGGGGCAAGUGUCUCUUUGUGAAGUACGAGCUCGAGGUCGAUUCGGUGCAGUGUGGAGAGCUAAGCUGGGUCCUCUUGAUGUUGCUGUGAAAGUGUUCCCACUACAAGAUAAGCAGUCAUGGCUGGCUGAACAAGAAAUAUAUAGACUACCCAGAAUGGAUCAUCCCGAUAUAUUGCAUUACAUUGGAGUUGACAAGAAAGGUGACAACCUUCAAGCUGAGUACUGGCUCAUCACAGCUUAUCAUGAAAAGGGUUCGCUCUGUGACUACCUCAAAGCACACACUCUAACCUGGCCAGAAGCUUGGCGUGUAGCUGUAUGCGUCGCUCGAGGUCUAGCUCACCUGCACGAAGAAGGCGGAGGAAAACCAGCUGUGGCUCACAGGGACUUCAAAUCUAAGAACGUACUUCUAAAAUCUGACAUGAGCGCUUGCAUCGCUGACUUUGGACUCGCAUUGGUCUUUGUGGCUGGCAGAGGCUGUGGUGAUGCACACGGACAGGUUGGCACCAGACGUUACAUGGCCCCAGAAGUAUUGGACGGAGCAAUCAACUUUACAAAGGACGCUUUCCUGAGGAUAGACAUGUACGCCUGUGCUCUUGUUUUAUGGGAGAUUGCAUCUCGGUGCAGUGAAGCCGGGGCGGACGCGACGUCGCAGUACCGGCUGCCACUGGAGGAGGAGGUGGGUUCGCAUCCCACGCUUGAGGAAAUGCAAGAGGCAGUCGUGCAACGCAAACUGAGACCACACGUGCCAACGCAGUGGCGUGAACAUCCGGGUCUAUCCGUCCUGUGCGACACUAUGGAAGAGUGCUGGGAUCACGACGCCGAGGCGAGAUUAUCAGCAUCUUGUGUCCUCGAACGAGUGGCAGCUCAAAGACCGCCGGCCCGAAUGUCCCCAGAGGCACCGCUCCUUAUUCACGACCUAGCUGAACCGGCCUGCUGACGCCCGGGAGACUUUCCGCUCAUACAGUUCUGAGAUAUGGACGAUAUUACACAUUUUGAAAUUCCACAGUCGAUUAUGACCUUUGAAUACAACCAGUAAGGUUGAAAAUCGCACGGACGAUAUUACAUGUUUUUUAAAUUUCACAGUCGAUUAUGACCUUUAAGUACAACCGGUAAGGUUGACAAUGAUUGGGAAAUUUCGUCGGUUUUGUAUUGGUACCUGUAGUCUGAAACACUGUUUUAAAUAUAAGCAGGAACACAUUAUAGUUACACGGUGCAUACGUGAAUUUUCAGAGACCUAUAUUUGUGACUACAAUCGCCGAAUUAUAAUGGCAACACUUCGCAUGGCUAUUAGUACUUGCUAUUUUUGUCAUUUUGAUAACAUGUUAUAAGGUAGUGGCAAUUUGAGCAAAACCACAGACAAUUUAAAUUGUGCAGUAGAAGUUUUUGUAAGUUAAAUUGCUACUACGCAGACUAUUGUCUAUAGAAAAUACUACUAGAAAAAAAGGGUGCGGGUUCGAGUCCCGUCUGCUACCUGGCCCGCGCGGUUUUUUUUCUAGUAGUAUUUUCUUUAGAUUUAGAUAAUUCGCAGUUGAAUGCUUAAAAAAUAAACAAUAGGUAUACCUUGUCUAUGUUGAAAAGUAGUGACUGAUAGCAAGUUGAAAAAUAGCAAAUGCGAACACCCAUGUGAAGUGCCGGCAUUAGUCUGAUAAAUUCGAACCACGAUAACUUUGCAGAGUCAAUAACCUAUAUGUUAUUUUUAUCAAAGUUAAAGGGAGUUAGAGUUAGGCUGUCUGUCCACUGUAGCGGUGCGAGACUGCGGAGUGGAGAAACGGAGAAAUAUUAACCAUUAAAAAUUGCACAAAAUCUGCCCACUGAAGAGGAGCGGAGAUUUUGUGCAAUUUAAUUGGAAUAUUUCUCCGUUUCUCCGGUCCAGUGGUCAGGCAGCCUAAGAGGAAAUUUUUUCUCUUUUUUUAAGACUAUAAAAAAUAAAGUAUCAGGGUUAGUUAAUAAAACUAUAAUUAGUACUGCCAUGUGCAAAGUUUAAAUUUUUGCUAUUGUCAGUCGACUGCAGAGUUAUCGUGGUCCGACGUUACCUUUACAAAAGUUUAUAGAAUUAUCUUUUUAAAACGAAUCCGGAUUCAAGGAAUUACAGCACAGUUACCUCAUGUCAGUAUUUGUCCUGAAUUUAUUACUAUUUUAUAACAGCAUUGGUCUAAAAUGGUAGGUGUGAUAGUUAUAUAUGAUAUUAGAGCGGUAGGUUGGUUAUUACAAACGAGUCCCUUGCUUACCAUAGUCAUGAGUUUGAAAAUGCCAAUCCGCACGAAUGUCAUACAAUAUUUUUCAACACAUUUACGAGAAAAUAGUAUACAUAUAUAAUUUAAGUAAUGAAGCAAGCCUUUUCAUAUAAGAAAUUGGCGUGCAUUUCCAAAUGGCGCCACAUGCGGGCGGUGAAAAUUAGAACUACAUCUUUCGUUUCUUUUUCUUUUUAGUAUUAAAGUGAGACAAAAUUACAGAUUAAAAGCAUUUCAAGGAGGUUCGAUCGAAAUUAAAAAAAACGUUAAUAAUACGCACAGUGGUUGGUAGCGUGUGGUAAAAUGUUUUACCGCACGCUCCAUUGUAUGUCCCUUACUUUUGAACUUUCGACCAAUGCGUACAACCUCGGUAAAUCCAUUUUAUCAGCAAAUGUCUUGAAAAUUUUAUUUACUUGGAUGAUAUUUACCGGAGAUUGUGUCAAAAGCAAUGAUUACAAAUAAAGAUCUCUGACAAUGUCGUUUUGCACUUUGUUAUAAAAUGUUUAUACAUAAUUAUCCCCUCAAAUGAAUUUAUGGAUAGAGUCAGAAAUAUUUUGAGAAUAUUUUGUUCCGUCACAGCUAACUAGAUCUUCUUGUUGUUUCAAUUUAGCUUAAAGUGUUAGUGAAAAUUGGAUUUGUUAUUGUGCUACCGCAAUUUAAAUAUUACUGCUGUUUUUUUUACGGACAGACCACUAUUCUAUAAAUAAAGUGUUUUAAAUAUUUAAGCAAGGUGUACUGUUGUCAUUGGUUUGUCCAAAACUGUCAAACUUUGCUUUCUUACGCCUUUUUUUAUAGAUUUUAAAAAUUUUGAUUAAUAUGUCACUGAGAUAACCUUGUAUGCUGCUAACUCUGCAGCGAUUUGUGAAAAAAAAAACAGUUUUUUCUUUAAUAAUAAAAAUCUAAAGUGUUGAUGUUCUACAUAUCUAAACCACUAUAUCUGAUCAUUAAUAAUGAUAAGUACUACGCUUCAUUAUUAAAAAAAAAGGAACUUAUUAAUUAUUUCUGUGUAAGUAAUAGUGAUAGAUUUGAAAAUUCACACAAUUGAUAACACGACUUAGUACAUUUCAGCUUAGUAUCGUUUGAUAAAAUAUAAAAAGGCACGAACGUUUGAGAAACACUUACACCGUCGCACAAUUGUUAUGUAAAUUACAAAUCCUGUGUUCCCACUAGAACAUAGAUUGAUUCAAUAAACCAUACCAGCCAUUUGCUUGUAGCCGCUUACAAUUAGACGGGUCAUAUGCUUCUAUUCCAACCCCUUUAACAUACAAAAAAUACAUUACGCAAGUAUUCAAAUAUGAUUUUUUGUUAACUUACAGAAGUUGGCUUAGUUAAGUAAAUUUUAAAUAAAUAAAGAUAAUUUUAUCGGAAAUAUGCACCAUGCCGGUCGAUGUUAUUUUUGAUUGUAUUUUCCUGACUCUUAUAUAUGUAUCAUAUUAUGUAUACUAGGUAUGCGUAUGUAAAACACAUACAUAUAUCAAUAAAUCUAAGCCGAUUAUUCCACCCUAGAAAUUCAUUCACAUAAUAAAACCAUGCAGCAAAUCUUAAUGGUUGUCUACAUGGUUUAAUUAACUGGGAAAUAAAACAGACACUUAUGACUGUCGAAAAACUCAGUUCACUGAACUGUUGAACUAAUCAUAUAUUCUGGUGGGAAUAAGGGUAUUAUUUAAGUAUUAAUAUAAUUGUGUUACUUUGUUGUAGGCGUAAGCGAUGCAGCCGUGUUACAUUUUUGUCGAUGUUUUGUGUGAUGUAGAAAAAUUCACAACGCGUAGCAAUAUUAGCAAUAAUAAUCAUUGAAGUUAUAUUUUUAGAUUUGUCGUUUUUAUUGCGCAUUUAGCUGAUGUUUCUAGUGUGUGUGUGAAUAUUGAAAACGCUUUGCUUGUUAUGAGCUCUACGCACUAUCCAUCCUGUUGGAGCCAGCGAGCGAGACAGCGUUAUACACGUAAAAGAAAUGGAGAUGCAGGAUCUCUUUUACACGUGGAACCAGACCCAUCUCUCCCAGUGGACACAGAGCCCCGAGAUCGAUAGGGGCCCACCUCAUAUCACAAAUACAAAGUCCCCAUAGGCAGGGCUGGACCGUGAGUUUAGGGAGCCCUAGGCUAAUAGUACUUAGGGGCCCACCCAAUUACACAAAGUAUUGAAAAAAAAGUCAGUAAUCUAUUUAAUUUAAAUAAUAAUAUAUUAUGCCUUAGUGUUAUACAAUCGUUAGUAAAUGGACAAAUUACAGAGAAACCUUUCUACAAAGUGCAGAAAUGGCAAAUUCGUUAAUUUGCUCCUCCCAUUGUAGGGGUAAAUAUCAAUGGAGUUAUAUUCAACAAUGUAUUUUUAGGGCCCCUUGAAUCCAUGGGGCCCUGGGCUGAAGCCCAAAAAGCCAUAUGGUAGAUCCGGCCCUGAUCAUAAGGGCCCCAUUAUCCUAAUAUGCCCAGGGCCUCCAAUAGGUCAAAGACGGCACUGUGUGGAACACUGUCUCGCAUGCUAUUUCCACAUGGAUGCAUAGUGCGUAAAGCUCAUUAGUUAAUUCACAAUUUAAAUUUUACAAGUAACAAGAAGUUCUUGUUGGUGUUAUAUGAAAUUUUUUCUCUAUAACAAAUUAAUACAAGAGUACAAGAUGUAUAGAUUUAUGCUGUGUGAAUAGCCGAAUGUAAAAAGAUUUCGUUUUUUUAUUUUCACGGUAAACUGAUAUUGUAUAUUUAAUUAUUAUUAUUGUAAAAAUGCCUAACAUUGUGAAACUAUAUUUUUUUUACAUUUAGUAAAAGUAUAUUUUUAAACCAGCCUAUUGUUUUACCUAUUAAGAAACAGUUUGACUUUAAGUUUAAAGUUAUAUUAUUUUUUUAGUUGAUAAAUUUUUAAAUAUAUCUAUAUAUAUGUUGCUGUUGCAUAACCCAUUUAUUAAGCUUAAUUUUAACAAUUAACCGAUUUGUAGAGUUGCAAGUUUUGAGUGGAGAUCAGUUUUUCUUUAACUCCUAUACAAGUGGCUUUUCCCUGUACUUUACAGUACCCUUAGCACGAACCAAUAUCGAAUUCGAAUAGUUUGCGAGCACAAAAUUUCACUGUCAAAUGUGAACUGAUUUUUAGUUCACGUUACGUCCGUUAUGGCGCUGCUGUUCAAGUUUCCAUACAAAAUUUGACAAUGACAUUUCGCACUUGCAAACUAUUCGAACUCGAUUUUGGUUCGUACUAAGGGUACUGACUUGCUUACAACUCGAGAUCAAAAGAGUUGCACAAUAACAACUUGGAAGUCAGCAAGGUGAUAGCUCGUGCUGGAUAUACACUCCAAUAAACACUAGUAUUAUUGUUAACAUGGGAUAGGUUAUGUAUAGAACUUAAUCUAUUUUUUCUUUUACGAUAAUAAUUAUAAACGCCAGGGGGUCUACUCUCUUUUUCUGAAACGAACUUUCGAUAACGAAGUUCAAAUGAAAUUUAAUUUCGUCUAUUUAAGGUUAUACUUAAUUUGAACGAUAAACUAGCAAAUUGAAGCUUUCUUUGAGUAGGCUCAGAGAAUCUACACCUUAGUCUAUAUUCUGACAACGAAUAUAAUUAUAAUUAAAAACGAACCAGAAACAUAAUAAGAAAAGUGCGAAGUUUCGAUAGAAAUUUCGCUUUUCGUUGAAUUAGAGUAGGCCUCCUCUUCUCCCAAUAUUUGGAUGUCAAGGGGUAGUCCAUUAAAGUCUUGAUGUUUUACUUUAAAACGUUCUAUCUAUUUAGAUAGUGUUCAACGAAAAAUUUUAAAACUCUUUUUAAAAGUAUGCUAACCCUCACUUAAUUAAUAGACGAUCCCUAAUGACAUAUCUGAAAAUGUAGUCUUGCCACAAGUGUAUGAACCACUAUAGAAACGACUCCGUACAAGACUGCCAUUUGUUUUAAUUUCUAUUGAAAUCGGUUUGGCCAUCCACGAAUUACGUCCAACGUGUCCGGCACAGAAAUGUGUCUUUUGCGAAUAAAGAAGCUCUUAUUAUAAUCGUAAUAAAGGCGUAAUUGAAUUCAUGCGUGAAACCAGCGGUGUCGGAUAUCGCAAAGAACGCGGAUUUAAAUAUUAUAAAGUAAAUAAAAUUAUUUGGUAUGUUUUGCGAUUUUUAAUACUAGUUUUGCAUACCGUAUUAAUUUCGCUAUUAUUUCGCAUUUUAACUAUUUUUAGUUCAACGAUAAAAAUAUGAUUUUACAAAACCACGUAAUUUAUGGAUAGCCCUAGGCCAUUAUGUUAUUAGACUGUAAAAAAAGUUUUAUUUUGUAUCGUUUCCUUGUUUAAAUCAAGUGCUAAAUGAUGAUGAAAUUGAAGCAAUGAAUUUAGCGUUAACACUUAGGCGUGUAAGUGAAUGUCACCUGUUAAGUUAUAAUAACAGUAGCUGUAAGUUACGCCGCGUGCAGAAGUCAGGUAUAUGAGGUUACGAAAAAAAAGAGUUGCAACGAAGAUGAGAAAUCUUCCCUUUAGUCUUCCUUUUUUCAAAUUUGGAUACGCUUUUUUUGAAACCUAAUAAAUGUGGUUUCCUAAAUUAGUUCUCCUAAUAUUAUGAAGCUUACUUUCAUAAAUCUCAUGUCUGUACGCGGCUUUAGCGAAUAGUCGUGGCAAAGUAACUCCGUGCCAUAAUCGAAGAAAUGUGAUUGAAUCGUAACGCCCUAGUAGACCUGAAUUUAAACUUAAAAAAUAAUAAUUUAAAAAAAAACUUUAUAAAGUGCAACUGAAAAUAAAAAUAGUUAACGAUCUCGUUUUCUUUUAAAUUGGCACUAUAACAUGUACUCUUUUUAAUAAAAUAUGCAUUUUAAUUUCUUUGAAAUAAGGGCACAAAUUAAUCACAGGUUUUGUCAAAAUCAACAUUAUAUCAAUGUAACAUUGUGAUCUGUAGUAAUAAUGGAUUGAUUGAAAAUAUCAAUGGGAAAUCAGUGUGAACAUGGUUUACCUAUGCCGAGUGCAUAUCAACACACAUAGAAUAAGUCAAGUUGCCAAAUGUAAAUAGUCAUAGAGUAAGGUUUAGAACUUUUUGUCUGAAUGUCAGUUUUAGGCUGUGAACACACAGUUAAUACUUCUUAGCACAAAUGCCGAAAGAUUUAUGCAAUAUAAUUUUGUUAAAAAAAGUGACAUGACAGCUGAACAAGAAAAAAAUCUUGCAAUAUCUUAGUAAUAACUAUUUACUAUGCUUUUAAUUCGAGUAAAUUUUAAAUCCAAAUACGAAAUAUUGAAGACUAAAGAUUUUCAUUAACGAUUUUAUUUAAAUCUUUGUAUCACUAAAUUGAUUACUGAAGCACAUUUUCCCGUGCAACUAUAUAUUUCAUUAAUACAUAAAAUAGUACCUGUCAAAUUAUUUAUACCUAUAAGUUUCUAUAUAAUACUGAUUUUUUAUUAUUCCAACCUUUAAAAUUUUGUUAUUCAUAAACUUGGCAACUAAAAAAUGCCAGAUUGAAAUGAAAAAGGAAAUGUUCUACUUCUUGCAAUAAAAAAAAAGUCUAGUAGUUUAUUGAAGGAUUUCGUUUAUUGCAUGAUAUGAAUAGAAUAAUGGGAAAAUGUAUUUCCGGUUCUGCGAUUAUCCUUAAACAGGUAAAUUUCAAUGUGUUCACAGUUUUAGUGUAAAAAAAUGUCUGUACAUUGAUAGCUAACUUUUAGAAUAUUAGUGGUUAGAGUAGACAUUACGACUUCGUUUAUCAGAGUAUUUCGUGUGUCGUAGAUCUACUGGCGUCUCGAUGAAUGGCAGUAAAGAAUUAUCAUUUAUAUUAUGGUUUUAACUAUGUCUGUCGAAAUUUGAUGUACGUAUUAAAAUAUAUUUUAUACAAAAAAA